CGGCGCCGGGGCCGGCGGCGCGGGGCGCCCGCACAGGCGGGCCAGGAGAGGGCGGAGCGGGGGUCCUCGUCGGGCCCGGGUGAGGUCACUCUUUGUGGCUCCAGUUGGCAAGAUGGCGCCGGUGCUGGUGGAGAAGAAGCUGCUGGGGCCGGACGGGCCCGGCGGCACCGAGCUCCCCAGCGAGGAGGAGGAGGGGCAGAACCUCUGGUCCUCCAUACUGAGCGAAGUUUCCACUCGAUCGAGAUCUAAACUGCCAUCAGGCAAGAAUAUUCUUGUUUUUGGUGAUGACGGUUCAGGUAAAACCACUCUUAUGGCUAAAAUACAGGGAGCAGAACAUGGCAAGAAAGGCAGAGGGCUGGAAUACUUGUAUCUAAAUAUCCACGAUGAGGACAGAGAUGAUCACACUCGCUGUAACGUUUGGAUCCUGGAUGGAGACUUGUACCACAAAGGGCUGUUGAAGUUUGCAGUCUCUGCAGAGUCCCUGCAAGACACCAUUGUAGUCUUUGUUGCAGAUAUGUCUAGACCUUGGACUGUUAUGGAGUCUUUACAGAAAUGGGCCAGUGUCUUGCAAGAACAUAUUGAUAAGAUGAAAAUUCCUCCAGAAGAGAUGAGAGAUAUGGAGCAGAAGUUUAUAAAGGAGUUUCAAGAGUAUGUAGAACCUGAAGAGGGCUACCAAGGAUCACCACAGAGGAGAGGCCCUUCUUCUGGCCAAGAAGAUGAACAUGUUUCCUUGCCCCUUGGAGAAAAUGUGCUGACUCACAACCUUGGUAUUCCUGUGCUGGUAGUUUGUACAAAGUGUGAUGCAGUGAGUGUGCUAGAGAAGGAGCACGAUUACAGAGAAGAGCACUUUGACUUCAUCCAGUCACACAUCCGCAGGUUCUGCUUACAGUAUGGGGCUGCCUUGAUUUAUACAUCAGUUAAGGAGGAGAAGAACCUUGACCUGCUGUAUAAGUACAUUGUACAUAAAACAUACGGUUUUCAGUUUACCACCCCUGCCUUAGUGGUAGAGAAGGAUGCAGUUUUUAUACCUGCUGGUUGGGACAAUGAAAAGAAAAUUGCCAUUUUACAUGAAAACUUCACAACAGUGAAACCAGAUGAUCCCUAUGAAGACUUCAUUGUAAAACCUCCUGUAAGAAAGUUAGUCCAUGAUAAAGAACUGGCAGCAGAAGAUGAACAAGUAUUUCUUAUGAAGCAGCAGUCAUUCCUUGCCAAACAGCCAGCAACGCCUACAAGAGCAUCAGAGUCUCCUGCAAGAGGCCCUGCAGGAUCCCCAAGAACUCAAGGCAGAGCUGGUCCCACCAACGUACCCAGUGCCUCGCCAAUAACAUCAGUUAAGAAACCAGAUCCAAAUAUUAAAAAUAAUGCUGCAAGUGAAGGUGUCUUGGCUACUUUCUUUAACAGUCUCUUGAGCAAAAAGACUGGCUCUCCUGGGAGUCCUGGGGCUGGAGGAGUGCAGAGUACAGCCAAGAAAUCAGGACAGAAGACAGUUUUGACAAACGUGCAGGAGGAGCUGGACAGGAUGACUCGCAAGCCAGACUCGCUGGUAACAGCAAACUCUCCAACAGAGAACGAAGCCUGAGAGCGCCCAGCGGCCGCAGGUGUAAAUGACCAAAUAACUCUGUACAUUGAUCUGAUCAGACCAGGAAUCUUCUGCCAUGGCAGAUGCUACCAGUUUUCUUGGGGCAGGGGAAAUGAGCUUACUACAUCAUUGCCUUGUCCCAGUCCAAAAGUGCACAUUCAGGAAGUUUGCAUUUAAAAUCCCUCUGUAUAAGAUAACCAUUUAGAGUUUAUAUAGGGCAAUUCUUUGGUUUGGGAGGUGAGCAGGUGCAGCUGCAUUUCCUGUCGUGAAGAACACAGAGAAGCAAAAUGGAGAAUCCUUAUUAACUGCUACUGAUGCACACAAGGCAAGAAAGAGGAAUGAAAUCCUCUUUCAGAGUUACUGGAAUUGGCUACUUGUAUAUUUGCAGAAGCAUUAUAUUCUCAGAAGGGUGGUGGUAUAACGGAGCAUGAAUUAGGUGAAAGAAGCCUAGAUAGGGAAUGGAGCCCUAAAAAGGGAAACAGGUUUGGGACAGGGAGAAACUAGAAUGUUGGACUGACUGGAGAGGAGCAAUGUUGUUCAAUCCUGUGGGUAAAUAAUCACUGUUUUUAAAAAGACUACUUUCCAUUGGAGAAUUGCAGGCCAAACACUAAGCAUCAUGGGCAAUUUAUUCUUCUUACAAAUCUGGGUUUAGUUUUUAAAGAAGUCUAAGAGUGUGGGAUGCCCUUUCUGGUGUAGCUUACAAAGGGAGAGACUAUAACUUGUUUAGAUCCAAGUGCCUGGCACAGUGUGUGAUGUGUCUUUAGAAGGUGCUUGAACUUCUCGUGCACUGUAGUACAAACAGUCACUGUUUGGUUUUGUUUUACACUCAGUAGCUUGGCGACUUGUAUUUAAUUUUAACUCCUGUUUUCUGAUAGCUUCUGCCUUUUGUUUUGUUU